UCCCUGAACGCAUCCUCAGCCCGUCAGGCUCUGCGUCAACAGCCGCUCCGCCGUGUUUGUUUAUUUGUUUGUUUUUUUCGGGUUGUUCCGGUAGGUUACCGAGAGCCAGAGCCGCCGGCGGAUGUCCUCACGGUGAAGGAUUGUUGUUUCUGCUCAGCUGGAACCAGAGCCUGUCGGCUUCUCCAUCCACAGCUGAACUAUGAGCGGAUGAUGUCUGAAAGCAGCUGCUAUGGCCAGCAGUGGCGGUCAGAGCAACGCCGAGACGCUCGAGGGCUUCCACGAGGUCAACCUGGCCUCGCCCACCACGCCUGACCUACAGAACCAAACAGAGCAGCGCCCUCCAUCCCGCCACAGCACCCCGCCCACCUCCCUGUACCGCACCCACUCACUGGGACCGCCUCCUGCUGGCCUCCCCAAGUCCCUCCGUGCCGAUCAGCUUCCGACGCAGCCAGUGUACUCCACGCCGCGGCACAGCCACAAUGGAAGCGUGCCGGGCCUGGAGGCAGAGCCGGCGGAGGGCAGCUUCCUGUACGGGGAGGACGUGGAUGAGUGCAGCGCGCUGAGCGAGAGCCUGUCGCGGCUGCGCAGCCCGUCGGUGAUGGAGGUCCGAGAAAAAGGAUACGAGAGGCUGAAAGAGGAGCUGGCGAAGGCUCAGAGAGAGCUGCUGUUGAAGGAUGAGGAGUGUGAGAGGUUGUCUAAAGUCAGAGACCAGCUCGGCCAGGAGCUGGAGGAGCUCACCGCCAGUCUCUUCCAGGAGGCGCACAAGAUGGUGAGAGAAGCAAACGUCAAACAGGCGAAUGCUGAGAAGCAGCUGAAGGAAGCUCUGGGGAAGAUCGACGUCCUGCAGGCGGAGGUCCAGGCCCUGAAGACCCUGGUGCUCUCCUCCCCCACUUCCCCCGUGGCUGAGCUCCCGUCUGCCGUAGGCGGCAAGACGCCCUUUAAGAAGGGCCACAGCCGGAACAAGAGCACCUCCUCCGCCAUGCUGGGGACGCAGCCGGACCCGGCGGCCACGCAGCCCAUCGUUAGGGAGUGCAGAGAGGUGGACAGUCAGCUGUUCAGUGAGUUCAAGGCUUGGAAGGAGGCGCCGACGCUCGACCGGAACUGCAGCUUCCUGGAGAGAGUUUACCGGGAGGACAUCAACCCCUGCCUCACCUUCAACAAGAGCGAGCUGGGUUCGGCCAUCCUGGACGCCGUGGAGCAGAACACGCUCAGCGUGGAGCCGGUGGGCUUCCAGCCGCUGCCUGUGGUCAAAGCGUCGGCGGUGGAGUGCGGAGGACCAAACGGGCGAAGCGCAGAGCUCGUCACAAAAUGCGCCCUGAGCGGUCAGACCAAAACCUGUAAGCACAGAAUCAAGUUUGGAGACUCGUCCAACUACUACUACGUCUCUCCUUUCUGCAGAUACAGAAUCACAGCAGUUUGUAAUUUCUUUACCUACAUCCGCUACAUCCAUCAAGGUCUGGUCAAACAGCAGGACGCAGAGCAGAUGUUCUGGGAGGUGAUGCAGCUUCGCAGGGAAAUGUCCUUCGCCAAGCUCGGAUACUACAAGGACCAGCUGUGAGGGGACGCACGGCCACGCCCUCCAAUCACAGCCGAGUCAGACAGAGCCCCGCCCACCCGGAUCUGGUUCCCCUCCUCCUGCGUGUGAGCGAUUCUGAGCGCGGAGGGAAAAAACGCUUGUUUGUGGGAAAACGAUGGACUGGACUGAAAGCGCGGGAGCUCGGUUCGUCGUUGGUGUUUGGGAAUGUUCUUUAGGUUCUCCAAGAUUUCUUCUUCAUUCUCUGAACUCCAUUAUGUGACACUAAAACCAACCUCCUUCUACACACAUUACAAUAUAAGAAAUAAUUCAGUCCUGACUUUGCUCCAAACUCUGAGAAAACACUUGAAGUAUUGUCUAAUAAGCUAAGAGGAAGAAAAAACACUAAAAUAAACCGUCUGAGGAUGAAAAUCUAUUAAACUUCCAAUAUUUCAGUGACUAAGCAGUUUUUAAGAUGAAACUUUAACCUGAAAAGAUCCUAAAUUUAAAGUCUAAUUUCCCUCCUAUCAUUACAAGCAUCUAUAAAACGCUCUUUUAUAAAUUCUUCCUAUUUUUUUUGUAAAACCCGUUUAUCAAAUUCGGAUUUUGUCUUUGCAACUUAGAUGUCUUAGAUUCUCUAUGAAAUCUGUCUUUAAAUUUAUUCUAAAUGUUUGAUUUUGAGGGAAAAGCUCAGAUUAACAAUCAGAAAACUAGCUAGAUUUUUCCACUAAAUUAAAGCAAGUUUAUUUUAUUUUAUUGUAAAUUAUUUUAGCACAUUAAACUCCCCCAAUUCCUUCCUAAUCUUAGAGGUUUAUCUUUUAAAAUUUCUGAAAAUGUAUAAAAUGUCUUUAUUUUCUGACUGAUUCUAAUGAAAAAACUCUUAAAAUUUUAUUGCCUCCUUCACAGAACUACCAAUUACAUUUCUGCUCAUUUUCUGCAAGUAGUUUACUUUCAGAAUUCGUAAAUCCAAAAAUCCCAAAUGAAGCUGGAUUCCUAUAAAUGGCCCCAAUCAAACAAACAAACAAAAAAAUACUAUGUUCCUUUCAUAAGUUGUAUUUUUUAAAAAGGAUAAUAUAUUAUAGUCUAUAGAUUUUUGUCCAGGAAUUGUUAAAUGUUUUUUUUUUUUCAUGAAAUAAGAAAAAAAAAUCUGCCUUGAAAAAUCAGGUCAUUUGUUCACAGAAGUGUUUUUCUGUUUCCCUCAUAAAACAACCCAAGUGAUUUUUCUAUAAACUCAGAAUCCAAACCUCUGAAAUGUUUGUUUUGAAAGAUUUGUUUUUAUUUAUGUUGUGUUCUUUAUUUCCGUAGGAAAAUGAUUAUUAUAGUAUUUCUAAACCUGCAGAAUCGGACCUGAAGUCAGACAAGAAGACAAUAAUCAGUCAGUUAUUGUUUAGAAAUGAAGCUCUUGUUUAGUUUUUUAUGUCCCUGGGGGGGUUUGUCUCCUCAGGACUCUUUGCUGUAAAGAACUCGGGGGAAACAAAGCACUACAUUUCCAGUUCUUAAUGUGAAGCUGAUCGUUCUGAUUUGGGGGGAAACUUUAUCUUCUCCUGCUGUUUACCCUGGAAAGGUGUGAGAACUUAUUUGAUCGCCUGAUGUUCUGUUCUUUAAACCGACUCCACUUCUCUGUUCCACUCCUGGUUUGGUUUAGUGCCUUUUCUCUCAGACACUCUGAAAUAAAAACAGUGAUACCUCUGGAA